AUGUACACAAUUUUUUAUUUCAUAAUUGCCAUUCUGGCUUUGGCCUAUAUUUUGGUGAAAAGGCAAUUCAGUUAUUGGAAAAAUCGUGGAUUUCUCCAAGCAGAUGCAAGCUUUCCUUUCGGAACUUAUGAAGGAUGUGGAACAAAAUGGACGGCUUUUGAAGCUCUUAAUGUUCAAUAUAAGAAAUUUAAAGGAAAGGCACCUGCAAUAGGAAUGUAUUCAUUUUUAUCACCCAGUAUUAUGCCAUUAGAUCCAGAACUGUUAAAAGACAUACUUGUUCGUGAUUUUGCGUCAUUCCAUGAUAGAGGAAUGUACUAUAAUAAGAAAGAUGAUCCAAUAUCUGCAAAUCUUCUAUCUCUAGAUGGGCAAGAGUGGAGGGAACGAAGAACAAAGUUAUCUCCAAUUUUUACAUCCGGUAAAAUGAAAAUGAUGUUUGAGAUAGUGGAUAAAAUCAGCAACAAACUAGCUGAGGAGCUUGGAAGACAAUUGAAGACAUUAGACACAUUUGAAAUGCGAAAUUGGUCUCAACGUUAUACCGGUGAUAAUAUUGGGAAUGUUGCGUUUGGCAUUGAAUGUAACUGUAUAGUAGACGAGAACUCUGACUUUAUGAAAUAUGGACGACCAAUAUUUGAUUUAUCAGCAUUCGAUGCCUUUAUGUUCAUCUUCACAGUUGAAUUUCCAAAUUUAUCUAGAAAACUUGGACUUCGUGACAAUCCAAAAAAAUCUGCAGACUUUUUCCUUAACACAUUCUUGCAGACACUCGAAUACCGAAAGAAAAAUAACAUCCAAAGAAAUGAUUUUGUGUCUUUAUUGUUAGGACUUAAGGAUUUAUAUAAUUCGAAAGAAUUAGCAGCUGAAGCUUAUUUGGUUUAUGCAGCAGGGUUUGAGACUUCGAGCACACUCAUGACUUUCACACUCUACGAAUUAGCAAUGAAUUCAGACAUUCAAGACAGAUUAAGGGAAGAAAUAAUGACUGAAAUUGAAGACAAUGAUGGACAAUUAACAUAUGAUAUGCUGUUUGGAUUUAAGUAUCUUGACAUGGUCAUCAACGAGUCAUUAAGGAAAUUCCCACCGAUUGCUGAAAACUUAAGGAAAUGUAUCAAAGAUUAUAAAAUUGCUGGUACAGAUCUAGUCAUUCCAAAAGGUACAUCAAUUGACAUUAACAUAUUUUCACUACACCGUGAUUCUGAAUAUUUUCCUGAUCCUGAUAAAUUUGAUCCAGAGAGAUUCAACGAUGAAAAUGUUAAGAAUAUUAAACCAUUUACUUUUCUACCUUUUGGAGAGGGUCCAAGGAACUGCAUUGGGAUGAGGUUUGGUCAGAUGCAGUCCAAAAUUGGAAUAACAAAACUAAUCAAAAACUUUAAAUUUUCACCAUGUGAUAAGACACCAAUUCCAAUGGUUUUUGAUCCAAAGAGCUUAUUUACAGCACCAAAAGGAGGAAUGUGGUUGAAAGUGGAAAGAAUUCAAACUAAUUUAUAA